UUGGUAAAUUGGAUAUUUUAAAUAAUGAAAUUUGUGUUAAUUAUAGAAACACGAUUAAAAAGAUAGAUAUUUUUGUCCAUUCGGAAAUAAUCGAUGAAAGUGUAGAUUGGAGAUUAACAUACAUCACAACAGAAACAGGUCCAGGCCAAGCAGCUAAUUAUUGUUCAAAACGUCCUAAUCGAUUGACGGAAAAUUGA